CGUCGGCGUCGUUCCUCACCGGAGCGACACGACACACCUAGGCCACGCCAAUCUCUGAGGCAAUGUCACUGCGGCCGCUGCUUUUCCCCGCGUACGCGCGAUGGCGUAAGGGCACCCGCUGGUGCAAAGCCCCUUCACGCUAAUGCGCGGUUGUCCUGGAGGCCGCGCUGCACAAGGGUGUAGACUUUCGCGUUCGGUGGCGUUGUGCACCUAUUGCAGGAUCUCGGUGCAAAUGGUAAAUAGGGGUGACGUCGUGUAGCCAUGUAGCUCUAUCAGUGCGGUGCUGAGCGCUCCUCGCUGUUAUCCGUGUAUGACUGUCUGCACCGCGUGAGUACAACUUCGGCCGCGCCUUUCCUGCGUGGCCUCCUGCUGUUAUCGCUGGGCCUGAAAAGAAACGACGGCAUGGCGUCGGGGCCCAGCGAUCUCGGCGGCAUCCUAAGUGAAAUCUCCUGCGUGGAUUUCAGACGGCUCGCAGCCAGGAUCAAGAGCAUUUUGCUGAACUUUAAAGCCUGCGGUGUAGACCUCGACAAGCCAUGCAGCAGUACUGCGCAGAACCCCAGCCGCUGCUGGAUCACGUGGUACCUGCCCGCACUGAAUGAAGUGAUGCGCGUCGCUUCGAUGCACAUUUUCGAACAUGCUUCCGGAAAGUUGGCGCUUAGCUCUUUUCCGGACGUCAGCCAAGAUUACCAGAACCUUGAGAGCACCCUCCUCGAAAGUGUCACGCUAGUGUACUCGCUGCUGAAAGAGCACCGAUGCAUCACGCGUCUUGACGUGGGUGAUACUGCAGUUUUGUUCUGCUACUUCCCAAAGCUGAUUUCCAAAGCGCUGCGUCAGAACAAAGGAAUAGUGGAGGUCCGCGUUUAUCCCGGUGACGUGAGCGGUGUUUGGCGCGGAACGCACGCUUUGACUAUCCUGUCUUCCGCCCUGGCACCACUUUCUCGAAGACUCGAUGUCUUGGACGUCAACGAGCUCAUGCCGACCGUCGAGUCGUUAGGGGAAAUCGCCGAGGCGGUUAAGAAAAGCAGCUUGCGCCGUCUCGUUAUGAGAAACGGUCUUUCGAGCAAGAUUUCAAGGAGAUUGUUCCGCGUCGUCGGGUGUUCUUCCUCGCUGAGCGUGCUGGAAAUCGGGUGUAACAAGAGACUGCCACUAUCGAACGCCACUAUCUUGUCCGAUGCGUUGAAGCGUAACAAAACGCUGCGAAAACUUUCCAUAGGAUGGGUGUUGGGAGCAGACGCGGUCGGAACAAUACUCACAUCCUUGAAAGACAACACAACCUUGGAAGAGCUGGCACUCCUCAACUCGUACGAAGAACCGAACUACAUCUUUUGGGAGGGCUUGGAGGCGCUACGCUCGAACCGUAGACUCGAGUGCCUGAAGCUCGUGGAAGUUAGCUUGAACGACACCUGUGCUCUAAUCGUAGCAGACAUUCUGCGGGAGAAUGACACGCUCCAAGACGUCUGCCUUUCCCAGAACAACAUCACCGAUGUCGGAGCUGGUGCGCUAGCCAAGGCCCUGCAACAAAACUCUACUUUAAAGCGCCUGGACAUCUCUCAGUGCACGUUGAGUUGCAAAGCCUUGUCAAGCUUCGUAGAAUCGCUCUCGCACAACACCACGGUAGAGUACGUUCGACUCGGGUUCGUUGACGUUCCGGAGACGUGGACGCCGAGUUCGCCCCUCACUGCGAACCGCUGCGCUCGCCUGGGUGUCACGUGGAACACGCGUGGUCUCGAAGAAUGGGCCGCGUCGCUGCGACCAGGGGAACACCACUUCCAGCGACUUUGCGUCGGCUGGACUGCAGAUUCCACGUCGUCCGGCGUCGUUCACUGGUUCGACGCGGUGCGUGCGAGCGGCACUUUGCUUACGGAACUCGUCGUCAACUGCCCCAGAGCAGUCGCUCGGGAGUGCGGCGACGCUACGAUGUCUUUUCUCGAGAGUACGCGUUCCUUGAAGAAGCUUACCGUGGAGACUGUCAACUACUCCUACGGCUACGUGACCGCCAUCAUCCGUGGCCUCGUCCGUAACAAGAGUGUCGGCGAGGCCAAAUUUCACCAGUGCCUCCACAUAGACCAGGACGUCAAAGCGCUGCAAGAACUGAUGCGCACGAGCCGGACCUUGCAUCGCCUGGCGUUCACAUCUCACUAUCUCGGAGAGCACGCCGUCCGGUCUUUCGCUCGCGCUUUAGAGGACAACUUCGUUCUUCUCAGUUUAGACUUCGAGUAUUUGCCUAGCGUCAGCAUGUAUCCCAUCCUGAGCAUCCUCGACAGGAAUCGGUUGUUCCUCAAUCGUGCCGUCGACUGCGUGUUGAACUCUUCGGCGGACGACGAGUCCAUACGGGGCCUGCAGCUUCUCUCCGAUAGCGACUCGCUGAUCGAUGCGGUUGCCGCCGUUUGGGGCAAGGGACGCGAGGAAUGCAGGAGCCUAGUGCAGGCAUCGGCUCGCCGCCUAUUGAGCGCGUCGCAAAGUCAGUGAAGUUGCGAGGGCUGAGGCCAAGUUGUGUAGAAGAUAGAGCGUCGAGUGAAAAGCGUCACCUAUCACUGUUGCGGAGAUCAGGCGCGAUGUACGUUUGCAUUCAAGCAGAAAAUCUGCCGAAUGCAACAGAAAGUCAGUAAAAGCGCGACAGAAUUUC